AUGGCGAAUACUACGUCUGUCGCAGUCGGUUGUGCGGUGGGUAUACCCAUUGGUGUGGGUAUUAUAGUAGCAGUAGUGUUUUGGUUUAACCUACAAAAAAGAUAUAAGGAGGAAGAGAAGAACGAUAAAGAAUUGGAGAGAGCAAUAUACGAUGAAAGUGGUUUUGUAUCCUUUGACAAUUUUGGACCCUUACGAGACAGUAAAGACGAUGCAGGAUUAACCAGUGCGGAGUUGAAAAAUCCUGAUCACACAUCGGGUUCAUCAGAAGGAUCUGCUCAUCCAGAAGAGAAAAACGAUGGUAAAUCACAAGAACUAGAGCACCCGCUGGCCAAAAAAAACAGUAAAUACUAUGUUCCAGCAUAUCGUAGAAAAAUAAAUUUACUGCAAGUACGAAGUAAUAACUACAAUAAUAAAGCCAAGCAGAAAUCUAUCGUGGAUUUACCGAGUAUGAACAACAGUUCCAAUGUCUCACUGUCAUCCUCCCAACAGCACAUAACGAAAAGACAAAUCAGUGUUUAUGAUCAGAUGGUCCCUGUUAUUGCUGAUGAAGGAGCGAAUUUUUUUUCAGACCCUUCGAGUGAUAACGCUAAUAUCAAUAAUGUCCAAAACAAACCUUCAGUGGUAGAACUUAAAAAUAAUGCUCGCCAAUCUAGUAAUGAGAAUCUAAUAAAAAAUUUACAAAACCAGGACUUUGGUUCGUAUUACCCAAGAAGAGCUUCAUCCUCGAAUUUGAAUGGCAAUAUAUCGAAUGCAUCGUUUCAUACAAGGGAUUCCUCCAUAACAUCUGUAAACAAAGUGGAUGCACUAGAGGAUGUAUUUGCGACGCCCAAAAGUGGAGCUUUGUCACAAUUACCAAGCACGUUCGACAAAAAUAAUGAAGAGUCAGAUGAUUGUCGUUCAGUUAAUGACGACAAGGUAGUCACAACGGACAAAGACAAUGGGGACUUGUAUAAACUGCAGAAUAAUUACGACAUGAGCAACAUUGGGGAAAUUGCUGAGGAAGAUCAAUACGAAAAUGAAUUUACUAACUAUUCACAGAGCAAAAGAGAAUUCAUAGAAAGCUUAAGGCCUAAAUAG